UAUCAGGACUUCCUGUUAUUGGACGCUUUGAUUGCGUACUACGGGAGAGAGAGGAAACAUGAUCGCGAGCGCAUGUUAAUUUCUCUAUUAAUCCCUCAAAAUAACAACUUUUUAUAUUUCGUGCGUCCCGUAGUUUCGGUGUGAGUCUAAACCAGUCGGUAGGUAUGCCACUGUCGGAUCGCUCGAGCUCUGACGGCACCGGGGAGCCUCGGAGUCCUCGGGCCCGGAGACCCCGGACUCGUUCCCGCAGCCGCAAUCGCAGCGACAGCCGCGAGCGGAGCCUUUCUCCGGAUAGCUUUGGGCCCAAACUCCCGAAGCCGCGCAACAGGGAGAGGGAACGCGAGGAGCGGGAGCGCCGAUUCAGAGAGGCGAAAAACCUCAGACGGAUCCGCAUAGGAAGCCCCCACCGUAGCCGGUCCCGGUCCCGGUCCCGGUCCAGGGAGCGUCAUAACAAUACCAACAACAGCCACAGUCAAAACCACAACCACUGGUCCGAGCAGCGGGACGCUCCUGGAAAACACGGAAGCUUCAAAGAUGAAUACUACUACGAGCAGCAGAGGGACGAUGCUCAGAGACAGAGACAGGAGGCUUUUAUUGCCAGGCGUCUGCAAGAGCGGGAGAGGAUCGGUGAGUUAGGUUGUCCUGAAGUUUGGGGAUAUUCACCAAGAGUGAAAGAGCCAGACUCUGAUGAAUUCACACCAGUUGAAGAAGACGAGAAAAACAGCAGUUCAGAAUCGAGCUCAGAAGAAGAGAAGAAGAAGAAAAAGAAGAAGAAGAAAUCCAAGAAAAGAAAGAACAAAAAGCAUUCAGAGGACAGCGAGCUGGAAUCAGAUUCAGAUGAAGAAGAAAUAAAGAAGAAGAAAAAGAAAAAGAAAAGCAAAAAGUCUAAGAAGUCCAAGAAGAAGAAGGCCAAGGCGAAGAAGAGCCGUAAGGAGUCCAGCAACUCCAGCAGCGAAGAGUCCGAGGAGGAAGAGGAGGAGGAUCCCAAUGGGGUGAUGUGGGUGGAGAAAACCUGCAUAGACGAACACGUGGUCGGGCCCGAAGCUCCGCUCACCCAAAUGUCCCAGGACGACAGACCUUUGGACUUUGGUCAUGCGCUGUUGCCAGGUGAAGGUGCUGCGAUGGCAGAGUACGUAAAAGCAGGCAAACGUAUCCCUAGAAGAGGAGAGAUUGGACUCACCAGCGACGAGAUCGCAAACUUUGAGAAGUCUGGCUACGUGAUGAGCGGCAGCAGACAUCGUCGUAUGGAGGCUGUGCGUCUGAGAAAGGAAAACCAGAUCUACAGUGCCGACGAAAAGAGAGCUCUGGCAUCCUUCAACCAGGAGGAGAGGAGGAAGAGAGAGAGCAAGAUCCUGUCCAGCUUCAGGGAGAUGGUGUACAGGAAAACCAAAGGCAAGGAGGAGAAGUGAACAUAACCACAUCAGUUUUGAAGGAAUGUGCAGUGUUGAGAGGAUUUAAAUUGUAAAGAAGCGUCUGAAAAGUAUUCAUUUGUAUUAUAUUCUCCAUCCUAUUUACUCACUGGAACUAGUCUUUCCUUUCAAUUGUUUAAUUAAUUUUGUCGUAAAUUUUUGCAAAUAAUCCUGAUCAGAACCGUAAAUAAAUUUUCAUUAAGUCA